AAACAAAAUCGUCUCUUCGCCAAAGUUUUCUGGGUCUCCCCGGUCAUCAAUCAAGCUCACGGGUGACUCUGUUCUGAAUCAAAUUGAUAUUCCAGAUUUUUAGGGAAUCUCUUUCAGGGCUUUGCUCUAACAUGUCAGGAAGAAAGGAAACGGUGUUGGAUUUGGCUAAGUUUGUGGAUAAGGGCGUGCAAGUUAAGCUUACUGGUGGUCGACAAGUCACUGGAACUCUUAAAGGCUACGAUCAGUUGCUGAACCUUGUUCUAGAUGCGGCGGUGGAGUCUGUUCGAGAUCAUGAUGAUCCGUUGAAGACUACUGACCAGACCAGACGCCUUGGUUUAAUUGUUUGUCGCGGAACUGCGGUGAUGCUCGUCUCACCAACUGAUGGAACUGAAGAAAUUGCUAACCCGUUCGUUCAACCUGAAGCUGUCUAAUGAGAUUCUUCCAAGAUUAUGUCUCUCUCUUUCUUAGUUCAGCUUUGGGGUUUAGUGAGCAUUGUGGAUCUGAAUAUCUGCUAUUAUCUUGAAAAAAAAUGUUUUAAUAUACCUAUUUUGGAACAUCAUAGGCUCUUCUUGUGAAACUUGAAAAGCACUCGCUACUAAGCAAUGAAUUAUGGUGUGCUUUUAGUGUUUUAAGAUU